AUGGAACAUAUAUAUUUGAUUCUUUUACUGUUAAGCACAGUGUUAUCAGCUGGAGCUCAGUUCAAUGGAUACAAUUGUGAUGCAAACUUUCACAGCCGCUUUCCCGCGGAGAGGGACAUCAGUGUGUACUGUGGGGUGCAGACCAUCACCCUCAAAAUCAACUUUUGCCCUGUUCUCUUCUCUGGCUACACUGACACUGACCUGGCCCUCAAUGGUCGCCAUGGAGAUGCCCACUGCCGCGGAUUCAUCAAUAACAACACCUUUCCCACUGUUGUAAUCUUUAGUAUCAGCCUGGCAUCACUUGAGUCCUGUGGGAAUUCCCUGGUGGUCUCCACGGCUCAAGGACCCAAUGCUUACGGUAACAUGUCACUGGUGCAGAUUGGGAACAUAUCAGGGUAUAUUGACACGCCUGACCCCCCAACCAUCAUCAGCUACCUGCCAGGUCUGCUGUACAAGUUCAGCUGCAGUUACCCGCUGGAAUACCUGGUCAACAACACACAGCUUGCCUCGUCAGCAGCUGCAAUCUCAGUGAAGGACAGCAAUGGUACUUUCAUCAGCACACUGAACCUCCUGCUUUAUAACGACUCCUCGUAUAUUCAGCAGCUGUCCAUCCCUAUGGCAGGACUGACCCUGAAGACACGGGUGUUUGCAGCUGUAAAAGCCACUAACCUGGACAGGAGAUGGAAUGUUCUAAUGGACUACUGUUACACCACGCCCUCUGGAAAUCCUAAUGAUGACCUCCGCUAUGAUCUUUUCUUUAGCUGUGAAAAAGACCCCCAGACCACUGUCUUCGAGAAUGGGAAGAGCCAAAUGGGCCGCUUUGCCUUUGAAGUAUUCCGAUUUGUAAAGCACAAAAACCAGAAGAUGUCCACUGUUUUCCUGCACUGUGUCACCAAGCUCUGUCGAGCGGAUGACUGUCCGAUGCUCAUGCCAAUCUGCGGAAGCAGGAAAAAGAGAGACGUCUCAGAGGGAAAAAAAACAAACAAAGCAUCUGGAAAUGCUGUCCUGACUGCCGGGCCUAUCAUCACUCGGAUUGAUGAAACACCAACCAACAACUCUCAACUGGGUAAGCCUUCAUAUUUUGUCACUCCAGUGUUUCAGAUGAACACAGUGACAAGCGCACUCAUCUCAGGCGUGAUCAUCUUGGGCAUCAUGAGCGUUUGUUUCUUCAUCUUCUCCCUAACUCUCCUCAAAGGCAAGAGUGCUCCUGUAGGCACCCUGUCUGGAAUCCGCAACCCAGCUUUCAACUAAGUACCAGAACUCAACUCACUGCAGACACUGCAUCAAUGUUAUAAGCGAGAGGAAAACAACAGAUGUGACACAAUGUUUGUGCAUGUAGUCAUUUUACAGAAGAAUAAAGCUAAGUGUGAUUUAGAUAACUGUUAACAGAUCUGUACAAUGAGCAUUAGUGUAGAAGUAAAGCAGGAUUUUUUUAUAUGUUGUUUUGUGCUUGGUGUUUCAACCAUGUGGCAGGUCUGGCCUCAGCCUGCAUGUGAUCAUUCGGCAUGCAGCUUUAACACAGACAGUGGAGACACUUUUAAUUCAAUACCUCUGCUGUAUAGCUUUCAGUUGCAGGUAAAGGAUUAAUUACAAAGCUCACAGAUUAUCACAUUAUGACAUUCUGUAAUCUGCUGGUAAAAGCACUUCCUGCUCAGAGGCUGAAAUACAAGAACACCUAUAACUUAAGAGCAUGAGAAUGAAUUUGACUGUAUGAAAUUGAAAGUUAAAACUGUGGUUAAGUGAGCCAACAGAAAGCCUCAGGGUUGGAUGUUAAGCUUAAAUUCUUGAAAUAAAAUCUAAGAGUAUAUUGAUAUAAUAAUUGGAAUAUUGAAUUUUUGAUUCAUUAACAUUGCUACAUUCUAGGGUAGUAGUUUUAUGACCCAUCAAUUGAAGAGGUCUGUUCCACAUAAAUAUCUAAUUCACUCACUCACAUCAAAUAUUCUAUGCAAUGUGGAGGCCAAAAAAAACCCAUUUUCAGUCUACACAUUCUCACUCCUAACUCAUCACAUUAGGGUGCUUGGUCAGCAACCCUUAGAGUCAUUUUUCAAUGUGUAGGGUACACUACAGCAUUAUUGAUAGUUUUUAUGGUUAUGUUUAAGCACUCACAGCACUUGGUUAAGGUUAAGGGAAAAUUGUGGUGUGGUUUAAUACAGAAAAAAUUCACAGUGACUUAAACCAUAAAGCAGUCUCACCCUGUAUAAGUGUUGCAGUUUGCUUGAUUCGUGUCAUUCAAACAAAACAUUGGCAGUCUAUCUGACCACCCUACAUGUUGAAAAAUCAUGCUAAAUGGGCAUCAAGGGCCUUAAAAUGUGAUGGCAAGAGGUCCUGACCAACAAUCUGUAUGUGAUGAGUUGGAAGUGAGACUGUGUUUGUUUGUU